AUGGAGGCAUUCGCCAACGGAGGCUUGCGGACACUCUGUAUUGCGUAUAGGAACCUGAGCGAGGAAGAGUAUCUGCACUGGCAAAGUGUCUAUGACGCGGCGACGAGCGCCAUCACCGACCGCGAUGCUGAAAUUGACAAGGCGAACGAGAUGAUCGAGCAUUCGUUGACCAUCCUCGGAGCGACUGCGCUCGAAGACAAGCUCCAGGCAGGGAUCAAACUCUGGAUCCUCACUGGCGACAAGGUCCAGACCGCCAUCGAGAUCGGCUUCAGCUGCAACCUGCUCAAGAACGAUAUGGAGAUCAUGAUCCUCUCGGCCGAGGAUGCUGUGGCAGCGCAAACACAGAUCGAGGCUGGGAUCAACAAGAUUGCGUCGAUGAUCGGCCCGCCUUCCGUCAACAACAAACAGGAACGAGGCUUCGUAGCCGGAGCGCAAUCGGCAUUCGCGGUCGUCAUUGACGGUGACACGCUGCGUCAUGCGCUCUCUCCGGCGAUGCAAGGGAUGUUUCUUAACCUCACUACGCAAUGCGAGACCGUCGUCUGCUGUCGCGUCUCACCCGCACAGAAGGCGCUCGUCGUGAAACUGGUCAAGGACGGUCGGGAUGCCAUGACCUUGUCUAUAGGCGACGGUGCCAAUGACGUCGCGAUGAUUCAGGAGGCGAAUAUCGGUUGCGGUUUACUCGGCCACGAGGGCUCGCAAGCUGCCAUGUCCGCAGACUACGCAUUCGCUCAGUUCCGUUACCUCACCAAGCUCCUCGUUGUUCACGGGAGGUGGUCAUACCAGCGCGUUGCUGACAUGCACAGCAAUUUCUUCUACAAGAAUGUCAUCUGGACUUUUGCAUUGUUCUGGUAUAUGAUCUUCAAUAAUUUCGACGCUACUUAUCUGUACCAGUACUCUUUUAUUCUGCUUUGCAACCUUCUCUUCACGUCAUUGCCGGUCAUUGUCAUGGGCGCCUUUGACCAGGACAUUAAUGCGAAGGCGGCGCUCGCAUUCCCACAGCUGUAUAUCCGCGGCAUUCGCGGGCUCGAGUACACGCGCACCAAGUUCUGGAUGUACAUGCUCGAUGGGCUGUACCAGUCGGUAGUUGUGUUCUUCAUUCCUUACCUAGCAUGGACAUUAGGUCUGCCUGCUUCCUGGAAUCACGGCCGGACGUUCGAAUCCCAGGCGGAUCUGGGUACUACGGUCGCUGUCGCCGCUAUCUUUGCUGCGAACAGCUACGUCGGUCUGAACACUCGUUAUUGGACCGUUAUCACAUGGAUCGUCGUCAUCGGGUCCUCCAUGGUCAUGGUCCUGUGGAUCGUGGUGUAUUCGUUCUUCAACACGCCUAACUUCAACGACGAAGUCGUGGUUCUUUUCUCGGAGGUGACAGUCUGGGCGGCUAUCAUAAUGUCUGUCGUGGUUGCAUUAGGCGAGUACUUUGCCCACACAGGUUGUCUUUCGCUGAGAGUACAUACAGCGCCGCGGUUCAUCGUCAAGUACAUCAAGAGUGCCUACAUGCCCCUGGACAGAGACAUUGUUCGCGAGAUGUGGGUUAUGGGCGAUCUCAAGGACCAGCUCGGCAUCGAGCACAGGCGACACAGAAAGCAUAAUCCAAGAUAUGACUCUGAGAAGGCGCCGAUGUUCCAACAGCCGCACUAUCGCUCCGAGUCAGAGGCCUCGCACGUCAACAUUGACAGGACGCUACCCUCACAGGACGAGGGCAGCGGGGACAGUAUCUCACCACCGCCGUCCGCGAGUCUCAUGGGACGAGCGGCCACUCACGAGGCUUUCCAUGAAAACACUCAGCGCGAAGACCUCUUGGGCUCUUCCCCUCGCAGACCCUAUUAUCAUGGCGUCCUUGACGAGACACGUUUGUCGUACUAUUCAGCUUCAGACAUCCCCGCUCCUUCACCAAUACCUCCCGCGACGCAAUAUGCCCGCACACCUCCGAUGUCGACUGUCAACUCAGACCUCGUGUCCACAUAUUCGCAGCCGCCCCACUUGAUGCGACCAUCGUCCGCCGGCCCGGGAACACCGGAGACGUUCGAGAUGCAUGUGAGGGGACCGUCUGGCGAGUGGCAGGAUUCGGCUGAGCAGACGGCAUACUAUGUGCCACCCGAUACAUCGUACGGAUACGAUGACCGGCCGCCAGACGACGACUUGACACCGAACCAUUCGCAGCAGCCUUCGCGUGAAUCGAUGUACGGGCAAGCCAUCUAGCGGUGCGGUUGCUCGAUUCUGUACUAGCACUGACGCUUUAUUUAUCGUAUCUCGUAUGCUUUGCACAUUUCCGCGCCUGGGUGUAUCUAGAUGGUUAUUUUGUGGUGUCCAGGCGUCUGUUGUGAUCACGGAGGCUGAAGCCUCGUCCGCUCCCUACCUUCUGUACCACGGACGCUGGGAUGAUGUACUAAUACAAACAAUGCAUCUACUAGGAUUGGACUGCUC